UAUACUCAAUCUUAUAGCUAAUCUAUUAUAUGUGUUAAUCAUAAUAUAAGUUUAUAACUAGUAAAUUGACUUUCUUUGCUCGUAUAUAUGUGCAGUGCUGCGAGCAGGGAGAUGCUGCAUCACCUAUACCGCUAAACUACACGGCUACGCACGCGAAAAAUUAACAAAAAAAGAAAAAAAAUCCAAGCUUUGUUUCCAUCACCAGUCGUCGACGACGCCAUGGUCGCCGCCGACGAGAAGCCGCACGCGGUGUGCCUGCCGUUCCCGGCGCAGGGGCACAUCACGCCGAUGAUGAAGCUGGCCAAGGUCCUCCACUGCAGGGGCUUCCACGUCACCUUCGUCAACACCGAGUACAACCACCGCCGCCUCGUCCGCUCCCGCGGCGCCGGCGCCGUGGCGGGCCUCCCGGGCUUCCGCUUCGCCACCAUCCCCGACGGCCUGCCGCCGUCCGACGCCGACGCCACGCAGGACCCGGCGUCGCUCUGCUACUCCACCAUGACCACCUGCCUCCCCCACUUCACGAGGCUCCUCGAGGAGCUCAACCGCGCCCCUGGGCUUCCUCCCGUGACGUGCGUCGUGGCGGACGCCGCCAUGGGCUUCGCCGUCGACGCCGCCAAGGAGAUCGGCGCGCCGUGCGCGCUGUUCUGGACGGCCAGCGCCUGCGGCUACAUGGGCUACCGCCACUUCCGCUUCUUCUUGGACGAAGGCCUUUCCCCUCUCAAAGAUGAAGAGCAGCUGACGAACGGGUUCCUGGACACGCCGGUGGCGCGGCCGCCGCGCGGGAUGAGCAAGCACAUGCGCUUCCGGGACUUCCCGAGCUUCAUCUGGACGACGGACCGCGGCGAGAUCCUGCUCAACUUCCUGAUGCACGAGGUGGAGCGCGCGGACCGCGCGGCGGCCGUCAUCGUCAACACGUUCGAGGAGCUCGAGCAGCCGGCGCUCGACGCCAUGCGCGCCAUCCUCCCGGCCGUCUACACCAUCGGCCCGCUCGGCAGCCUCGCCGACCAGAUCGUCACCGACGACGCGCCGGCCAGCGCGAUCCGCCCCAGCCUGUGGAGGGAGGACCACGCCUGCCUGGCGUGGCUCGACGGCAGGGAGCCCCACUCGGUGGUGUUCGUCAACUACGGGAGCAUCACGACCAUGUCCAGAGACAAGCUGGCGGAGUUCGCGUGGGGGCUCGCCAGCUGCGGCUACGGCUUCCUGUGGAUCGUCCGGCCGGACCUCGUCAGGGGCGACUCCGCCGUGCUGCCCCGGGAGUUCCUGGAGGCGACGGAAGGGAGGGGCCUCCUGGCGAGCUGGUGCGAGCAGGAGGCCGUGCUGCGCCACCAGGCGGUCGGCGCGUUCCUGACCCACUGCGGCUGGAACUCGACGAUGGAGAGCAUCAGCGCCGGGGUGCCGAUGCUGUGCUGGCCCUUCUUCGCCGAGCAGCAGACCAACUCGCGCUACUCGUGCGCCGAGUGGGGGAUCGGGGUGGAGGUCGGCGGCAGCGUGCGGCGCGAGGCGGUGGCGGCGACGAUCAGGGAGGCCAUGGGAGGGGAGCAGGGGAAGGAGAUGAAGCGGAGGGCGGCGGAGUGGAUGGAGCUAAGCGCACGGUCAACGCGACGUGGCGGAAGGUCGUUGGUCAACCUGGACAAACUCAUCGCGGAAGUCUUGCUCCCCAGUAAAAAACAAGUGUAAAAAAGGCCUACGCGGGCAUGGUUGGUUUGCUUCCGGGGGAAAAAUGUUUACUGUAUUUUACUUAUGGAUUUCUGCUAGAAUAAAUGAGUAAUAAUGCUACUACCUGCUUGGAAGCAGGUGAUUACCGGGAGAUUGGAGUGGAUUAAUUAUGUGGGGUCAUGCUAUCUUCGUAAUCCCCUGUUUAUCUAUUGGAAUUCGAGUCAUGUCUUUAUUAUCAUAGCU